AUGGCACUGAUGGAGAAAGCAAAAGAAGCGAAGAAGUAUUGCUCAACAAACCGCAGCUCUUCUAGUGUGUAUGAAGUGGUUGAGUUUGGUUGUGGGUAUACAGUCAAUUUGUCCACACACCAGUGUGCGUGUAGAAAGUGGGAUCUUACAUGGAUACCAUGCAAACAUGAUGUAUGUGUCUUAGAUGAUAAUCGAGAGCACCCGAUGCUAGAUGUGGCUGAGUAUUACUACACUCAUGUCUUGAAGAAAAAAUAUAAAGAUAACAUCAAACCUGUCAACGGUGAGAAGCUAUGGAUUAAUACUAACAAGCCUCCAAUAGAAAAGCAACAAGACAUGGCAGGAUACCACAUUGUAGCCGAUGUGGUCAAGCUGGACAUUUUAACAGAGGAUGUAACAAUGAACCAGUUGUUGUUGAGGGACCAAAGAACAGGCGUGGUCAACCUCGUCAGCAUCCAGCUGAGCCUCCACCAAAGCCAAGGAAAAAACGCUCAGCUGAAACAAACUCCCAACCCGCUCCUGCAACAAGCUCCCAAGCUGAGCAAACAGGCGAAUCAAGUUCACAGCCUCAAGUUAUUUCAAGUGCUCCUCAGCCAUCAUCUAGUCAACCACCAAAGCCACAUGCAAAAAAAGGCUCCACGAGGAAAGCCAUUGAAGAUCAGAAAAACAGGUAACAUCCCACAUGGUGUUGGAACGCUUUGGAGUCCAUUCACGGACAGACCUUUCGAGGUGUUUGGAAACUAUUUUUAUGAUAGGUCUACUUCAAACUCACAACCUCCAGAAUAG